AGUAAUAAUAACAUAUAAUUAUUAAUAUAAACACUUAGAGUAAUAAUGGAGAAUUGGCAAAUGAUAACUUUUUUAUUGAUAAUUUCCUGUUUUAUAUCUAACAAAGCAAAUGAAAAUAGAAAUUCAGAUGAAAAAAAAAUAUGCCAAUAUGAAAAUAAAACUACAGUUUUAGAACUUUCAAAUGAUAACUUAGAACCACUAUAUUUCGUUCACGGCAAUAAAUGUAAGUGGGAUAAACAUACGAUUACAGAAGCUACUGAAAUUAGGCAUUUAAAAUAUUUAAAAUAUGCACAGGCAAAUGGAUGUGAUUGGGAUGUAGAUACAACAAGAAUUGCUGCUGCAAAUGGGCAUUUAGAAUGCUUAAAAUAUGCUCAUGAAAAUGAAUGCCCUUGGAGUGAAGGCACAAUAUUGGCUGCUGCUAUAAAUGAUAAAUUAGACUGUUUAAUAUAUGCACAUAAAAAUGGAUGUAAAUGGGAUCUAGGAACAACAAUUGAAGCAGCUAAUAAAGGCAAUUUAAACAUAUUAAAAUAUGCUCAUGAAAAUGGAUAUGAAUGGGAUGAUGGUACAAUUAGAGCUGCUGCAGCAAAAGGCUUUUUGGAUAUUUUAAAGUAUGCCCAUGAACAUGGUUGCCAAUGGGAUGAGACAACAACUAAAGCUGCUGCAGUAAGUGGUUGUUUAGAAUGCUUAAUAUAUGCUCAUGAAAAUAAAUGUCCAUGGGAUAAUAAAACUACAGAAGCAGCUGCUGAAUAUGGUAACUUGACAUGCUUAAAAUAUGCACACGAAAAUGGAUGUCCAUGGGAUGAAAAUACUAUAAGAUUUGCUGCUGCUAAUGGGCAUUUAGAAUGUUUAAAAUAUGCACAUGAAAAUAAAUGUCCAUGGGAUGACAAAAUAACGAUAGCUGCUGCUGACAAUGGACAUUUAGAAUGCUUAAAAUAUGCACAUGAAAAUAAUUGUCAAUGGGAUCACAAAACAACGAGAGCUGCUGCUGAAAAUGGACAUUUAGAAUGCUUAAAAUAUGCUCACAAAAAUGGAUGUCCAUGGCAUGAUGAUACAACAAGAGCCGCUGCUUCCAAUGGGCAUUUAGAAUGCUUAAAAUAUGCUCAUAAAAAUGGCAGUCCAUGGUAUACAGAUACAACAAAAGAUGGGGCUGCAAAUGGGCAUUUAGAAUGCUUAAAAUAUGCGCAUGAAAAUGGCUGUCCAUGGAAUGAUGAAACAACAAGGGCUGCUGCUGAAAAUGGGCAUUUAGAAUGUUUAAAAUAUGCACAUGAAAAUAAAUGUCCAUGGGAUGACAAAACAACGAUAGCUGCUGCUGACAAUGGACAUUUAGAAUGCUUAAAAUAUGCACAUGAAAAUAAUUGUCAAUGGGAUCACAAAACAACGAGAGCUGCUGCUGAAAAUGGACAUUUAGAAUGUUUAAAAUAUGCACAUGAAAAUAAUUGUCCAUGGGAUGACAAAACAACGAGAGCCGCUGCUGACAAUGGACAUUUAGAAUGCUUAAAAUAUGCUCACAAAAAUGGAUGUCCAUGGCAUGAUGAUACAACAAGAGCCGCUGCUUCCAAUGGGCAUUUAGAAUGCUUAAAAUAUGCUCAUAAAAAUGGCAGUCCAUGGUAUACAGAUACAACAAAAGAUGGGGCUGCAAAUGGGCAUUUAGAAUGCUUAAAAUAUGCGCAUGAAAAUGGCUGUCCAUGGAAUGAUGAAACAACAAGGGCUGCUGCUGAAAAUGGUCAUUUAGAAUGUUUAAAAUAUGCACAUGAAAAUGGAUGCGAAUGGGAUGAAUAUACACCAAGGAGAGCUACAGUUAAAAAUUCUAUAGAAUGUUUAAAAUAUGCACACGAAAAUGGAUGUCCAUGGGAUGAAAGUACAACAAGAGUUGCUGCUGCAAAUGGGCAUUUAGAAUGUUUAAUAUAUGCACAUGAAAAUGGUUGUCCAUGGGAUGAAACUACCACAUAUGCAGCAGUAUAUUGGGAUAAUAUGGAGUGCUUAAUUUAUGCUAUUGUAAAUGGAUGUAAAUGGGAUGAUGAAACAACAAAGAAUGCUGCGGAAAAGAGUCAUUUAGAAAUCUUAAAAUAUGCACACGAAAAUGGAUGUAAUUGGCAUACAGACACAACAAUGGUCGCUGCUACAAAUGGACACUUAGAAUGUUUAAAAUAUGCACAUGAAAAUAAUUGUCAAUGGGAUUACAAAACAACGAGAGCUGCAGCUUAUAAUGGACAUUUUGAUUGUUUAAAAUAUGCUCAUAUAAAUGGAUGCGAAUGGGAUAAAACAAUAAUGAAUUAUGCAGUUGAAAAUAACAAUUUGGAAUAUUUAAAAUUUGGACACGAAAAUGGAUAUGAUUUUGAUGAAGAUACUAUAACAAUUUCUGCGGCAAAUGGUUAUUUAGAAUGCUUAAAAUAUGCUCAUGAGAAUGGAUGUCCAUGGGAUGAAAAUACAACAAGAGUUAUUGCAGAAAAUGGUCAUUUAGAAUGUUUAAAAUAUGCUUAUGAAAAUGGUUGUCCAUGGGAUGAAACUACAACGAGAGCAGCUGUAUAUAAUGAUAAAUUAGAAAUCUUAAAAUAUGCUAAUGUAAAUGGAUGUAAAUGGAAUGAAGAUAUAAUAAGAGUUGCUGCAUCAAAUGGUUAUUUGGAAUGUUUAAAAUAUGCUUAUGAAAAUGGAUGUAAAUGGCAUAAAUAUACAACAAUGGUUGCAGCUGCGAAUGGUCAUUUGGAAUGUUUAAAAUAUGCACAUGAAAAUGAUUGUCCUUGGAUUGAUGGCACAAUAUUAGUUGCUGCUAUAAAUAGUUAUUCAGAUUGUUUAAUAUAUGCCCACAAAAAUGGUUGUGAAUGGGAUAAAGGAACGACAAUUGAAGCAGCUAAUAAAGGUAAUUUAAAAAUUUUAAUAUAUGCUCAUGAAAAUGGAUAUGAAUGGGAUGAUGGUACACUUAGAGCUGCUGCAGGAAAUGGUUAUUUUAAUUGUUUAAAAUAUGUUCACAAGAAUGGUGGUAAAUGGGAUAAGUUUACGGCUAGAGCUGCUGCAGCAAGUGGCUGUAUAGACUGCUUAAUGUAUGCUCAUGAAAAUGAAUGUCCAUGGGAUAAAACAACAACAGAAGCAGCUGCUGAAUAUGGUAACUUGAGAUGCUUAAAAUAUGCACAUGAAAAUGGAUGUCCAUGGGAUGUUAAAACAGCAUAUGUUGCAGCUGAAAAUGGCCAAUUAAAAUGUUUGAAGUAUGCACAUGAAAAUGGAUGUCCAUGGAAUGAAGAUAUAACAUAUAUUGCAUCUGUAAAUGGACAUUUAAGUUGUUUGAAAUAUGCUCACGAAAAUGGAUGUGAUUGGAAUGAAAAUACAACGAUGGAGGCUGCUAAAGGAGGUAAUUUUGAAUGUUUAAAAUAUGCGCACGAAAAUGGAUGCCCAUGGGAUGACCGCACAAUUAGUGCUGCUGCUUCAGAAGGUAAUAUUUUAUGUUUGAAGUAUGCUCAUGAAAAUGGAUGUCCUUGGUAUGAAGAUACAACAAAGAUAUUUGCUACGAAAGGACAAUUAGAAUAUUUAAAAUAUGCACAUGAAAAUGGAUGCCCUUGGAAUGUUGAGACAACUAGAUCUGCAGCUUUAGAGGGUAAUUUAGAUUGUUUAAAAUAUGCCCACGAAAAUGGAUGUCCAUGGGAUGAAAAUACAUCAAUAGCUGCUGCUGCAAAUGGACAUUUAGAAUGUUUAAAAUAUGCCCACGAAAAUGGAUGUCCAUGGGAUGUAAACACAACUGAAGCAGCAGCACAAAAUUGUAGUUUAGAAUGUUUAAAAUAUGCACACGAAAAUGAUUGCAAAUGGGAUAAAAGAACAACUAUAGCUGCUGCAGGAAGUGGAUGUUAUGAGUGUUUAUCUUAUUCCAUCGAAAAUGGAUGUGUUUGGGAUCAGCGUACAACAAGAGUUGCUGCAGCAAGCGGCUGUUUAGAUUGCUUAAGAUAUGCUCAUGAAAAUGGGUGUAUUUGGGAUGAAUUUACAAUAAUCACAGCUGCUAUGUUUGGUAAUUUAGAUUGUUUAAAAUAUGCCCAUGAACAUGGUUGUGAGUGGGUUAAAGGAACAACGAGAGUGGCUGCUGCAAAUGGACAUUCAGACUGUCUAAAGUAUGCAUGUGAAAAUGGUUGUGAAUGGGACGAAGGCACAACAAGAGAAGCUGCUGCUAGUGGUUGCAUUAACUGCUUGAUAUAUGCACAUGAAAAUGGUUAUAAAUGGGAUGAAGGGACCCAAAGUGGAGCUGCUGCAAAAGGUAAUUUCAACUGCUUAAAAUAUGCUCAUGAAAAUGGAUGUGAGUGGGACGAAGGUACAACUAGGAUUUGUGCUAUAUAUGGUCAACUUUAUUGCUUAAAAUACGCCUAUGAAAAUAAAUGUCCGUGGAGUAAAUAUACUAUUGAAGAAGCUAUUCGAAAUGAAUAUAUGCAUAUAUUGAACUAUGCUUUAGAAAAUGGCUGUCAAAGUUAGUUUUUUGUAAUUUAGAUUUUUUAACCUUAUAUUCAUUUAUGUAUAUGGGUUAUUUUAUACACUUAUAUAUUUUUACUUGUGUAUUAGUUAUUAGUGUAUUAGUAAAGUGGGCUAUAUUAUAUUUUAAAUAAAUUAUAUUAAUCAUGAAUGGUAUUUUUUUUUUUUUGGACAAUUUAAUUGCUUCAUAUGCUUUUUUUAAUACUGAUUUAAUGACCAUAUAUUAUAUGAACUUUUUUCUAUAAAUUUUUUGGUUAUUUUUUG